UUAGAAUCAGUAACGGUAGCUAACGUGAUCUGCUACCUGUGACGGGUGAUCCAAGAACUAAAUAGGUAAACAAAUGAAUAGGGAAAAAUCGUAAACAAAUAUAACAAAAGAAAACUAUUGGAUUGAAGUGCGAGAUAAAUAAGCGAAUUUAUUAAAAUUAAAUUAAAAUUCUGUUUGUGAUAAGAGAACUGAAAGGAGACUGAAAUCUUUAAGCUGAUCACACCAAAAAUACGAUUGGUUGAUUUUCGCUGGAAGAACUCCAUCAAAUCUAUCACAACAGUUCUUAAAGAUUUCAACCGAAAAAGGAUGAGUUCACAGGCGAAUGUGAGGCAAACCCGUCCACGGACGAGGGCUCAGCAGGCGAAUGCUGCCCCCAAUACGGGUAUCGACGACGAUCAGAUAUCAAAUCAAUCGUCGGAAGAUUCAUUCAUACCAUCCAUGGUAGAUAGUGACAGAGGAGAGCUGCACGAUUGUGCCGGUUGUAAUCGACCGAACAGCUCUGAACGCUAUAUGGUACAGAGCCAGAAGUGUAUUCGCUGGUAUCAUUUUUCCUGUGCGAACGUGAACACGACCACGGUACGUUCAUCCUGUUUCGUCUGCGUUUCAUGCAUGCGGAGUGAGAUUUCCGGUGUACUGGAACCAGCGGCGAGUCGGAUAAGUGGUAUUACCAGUACGUCUAGUACCCGUGCAGCCAGAGUGGCUCGCGAACUACAACGUCUCGAGGAAGAAAAGAAGUUGUUGGAAGAGCUUAGUCGAGAGAGAAUCGAAAAGGAACGCGCCCUCAACGAACGAGAACAUCGAGAAAAAAUGGAACGCGAAAAGCAGUUUAUCGCUCGGAAACACGAGUUACUGAACCGUCAGGACAACGAAGACGCAAGAAGUGUACGUAGUGUGCGGAGCAGCCAGAGGGAUGCGAUGCGCACCGAAAAUUGGGUUAGACAAACCGAAACAGUUGCUAGUGAGGUCAUCAUUCCGACAUCAACUUCUAUGAGUGCUAAUCAUCCGGAGGAUACUUGUCUGGGAAAUCCGCAGGGAUUACAUCCUUCUUCAACGCCACUGAAGAUUAAUACACCCGUGGUACAUACAUCCGCAGGCGGUGACCGUACGGGAUUAGAGGAGAAUUCGAUCCCACGGAACAUGAAGAGUGAGAUAGUUGCAGAAAAUGCUGAGAAGUCUCUGGAAAACUCAGACAAGGUAAAUGCGGAUAAAGUAAGUCAAACCGUUUUGCCCAUUGUCGAUCUACAACCCUACGCCGAUUUAUUAAGGGUGGAAGAAGUAGUCCCAACCGGUGCAUAUCCCAAAGUGAAUCGUUUAGGUCCGCAGUGUUACAAGCGUUGGAGUGUUCAAACCAGUGAUCUGCCUAAGCAGGCCCUGUUGCAGCAACAGCAAACAGAAACGGAGCAUCGAGACGUCGAAGCAUUAUUGGCGAGACACCGAUUCGACAUCGACACGAGACGAAAGCGAGAAAGCGAAUUAAUGGACCAGAUUAAAAACCUGCAGUCGCAGCAUGCUGAGGAGCUGAAGCUAGUACGAGAAUCGGAGACAGGUUUACGAAGUCGACUCAAAGACAGUGAGCGUGAGCAAGCAGAGCUGAAAACGCAGAUAAAGAACCUGCAGCUGCAGUUCGUCGAGGGCAGCGAGUGGAUGCGCAAUUCAGAAGCAGAUUUGCGUGCUCAGCUCGAUAAACGCAAUCGGGAAUGCGAAACUCUUCAACUUCAAGUGGGAAAACUGGAGAGAGAAAUUAAUGGUUUGCGCGUAACGGAGCAGCAAUUUCAACUGCAGAUAGAAGCAAUUCUUCGGCGUGAACAAGAAGCCAUUCGUCGGCAAAGUGAAGCAGAAAAAGAAUACGGGGACUUGCUCGAGGAGGUACAACAAAUUAUCAAUCGAUAUGAAGGUCGGUCGGAUGAUUGUAGUUUUUCUGCUCCGCUACCUCCACCUCCGGCCUCGUGGUUUGAUUCAACAAAGGAAAAUAAUGACGAAUUGAAUCCACCUUUUUCUCCUCCUCUGAUUUCGGCUGAUGAUGGUUUACCAGGAGUGUUUGGUGAGGGAAUCUCUUCCAUGCCACCCGCACCAAUUCCUCCUACGCCUAUCUAUCCGCUACAAUUUUCUCAGGGUUUAGUUCCGUCUUAUACAAGCGGUCAUUCUGGACCAACGAUGCAUCAGUUAGCAGCUAGACAGGUUGUCAUUAAGGAGCUUCCGAUUUUUUCUGGGGAUCCGAUCGAUUGGCCAUUUUUCAUAAGUAGCUAUCAAAAUUCUACGGAAGCUUGUGGGUAUUCUAACGCCGAAAAUCUCCUGCGUCUGCAACGUAGUCUGAGAGGUAGUGCGAAAGAUUCAGUCAGCAGCUUCCUCCUCCAUCCAUCGACAGUGCCGCAAAUUUUAUCCACUCUACAACAACUGUACGGACGGCCGGAACAAAUCGUGAACAACAUGAUUGCCAAGGUUCGAGCAACUCCUGCCCCGAAGCCAGACCGGUUAGAGACACUGGUUAGCUUUGGAUUGGUAGUUCAAAAUCUGUGCGGACACCUGAAAGUAGUUGGGUUACAAAAUCAUCUCGCUAAUCCGAUUCUACUCCAAGAGCUUGUGGAUAAGCUGCCAGCAACGGUCAAAUUUAGCUGGGCGCUUUACCAGGAACAAGUUCCAGUAGUUGAUUUGAACGUAUUCAGUGCUUACAUGGCGAAAAUAUCAUAG